UAUUGGAAAAAAUCACAUAAUAUAUAUUAAAAUGUUUGGUGAUACAUUUGAGACGUGGUAGGAGGAAUUAAAUCCAACAAUAACAACGUAUUAAACGAGAAAGGCUAGAAAUUGUGCAGAUUAGAUGGAAAUACCAGAGCUUCCAAGAAUAAAACAUUUUGCAGGUUUAAAAAAUUAAGGUGCUACAUGUUAUUUGAACAGCUUGAUAUAAUCUUAUUAUAUGAGUCCAGAAUUUAGAAAGGUGAUUUUGUAACUACCUUUAUGCAAGGAGACAAUAGAGAAUUCAGCCAAUUUGGCUUAGAAUGAGAGCAGAAAUAGAUUCUUAUUAGAGUUUUAGAAAUUGUUUAUUUAAUUAUAAAAUUUACAAUCUAAAGCAACAUCAACAGAAGCAUUAACUUCUAGUUUUGGUUGGAAUGAUGGUUAGUAAAUGUGGUAAUAGGAUGUAUCAGAUGCAAAUAAGUAAAAAUGACAUAAUUAAUAAAAGAGUAUUAUUUGAGACACUUGAUCGAUCAUUAUAUGGUACUCCUUAUGUAAUAGCACCAUUUUAUAAAGGAGUAGUAUUUCAUCAUAUAACUUGUUUAAAUUGCAACAAUUCUCAUGGUAAUGAGGAAAUCAUAUAUGAUUUGAAUAUUUAAGUGGAAGGAAAUAAAAAUUUAUCUGAAGGGUUAUUUAGUUAUAUAAAUCCAUUUUUAUUGGAUGGAAACAACUAAUAUUUUUGUGAGAUUUGUGGUUUUAAGGUAUAGAAAUGAAAUAUAUAUAAUAGGUAGAUGCAUUGAAAGGCGAUAAGAUACGUAAAUUACCACCAAUAUUGACACUAACAUUAAAUAGAUAUACUUUUGAUUAAAAGAAGAUGCAAAGAGUAAAAUUGAAUGAUAGAUUUGAAUUUCCAUUAGAGAUUGAUAUGGGAGUAUAUUUAGAAAAUUCAGUAGAUAAUUUGGUUUAUGAAUUAUAAGGAAUAAUAAUUCAUAGAGGAAAUGCUCAUGGAGGACAUUAUUUGGCUUAUUUUAGAGAUCUUUUGGAUGAAGGAGAUUGGGAAUCACAUAUAGCAGAAUAUUGGAAAGAGAAAGAAGAAAUUUAAUAAUAAAAAAGAUAAAAUACAGACGAAGUAGAUUAUGAUGAAAUUAAAUUGCCAUUUGAGAUUACUAAUCCAAAAGUAGCAUAAGGAUGGUAUGAUUUUAAUGACAGUUCAGUAAUUCCUAUACCUGUUAAUAAAAUAUAAUAAUAGUUUUAAGGAUCAGAGAGUGCAUAUAUUUUAAUUUAUAGAGAUAGAAAUUUAAUACCAUCUAAAUUAUCUAGUUAAGAAAUACCAAAAUAUCUUUAUGAUUAUGUGAAUUAAUUAAAUCAAAAGAUUGAAAAUGAUAGAUAGAUAUAUGAAGAAGCUAAAUAACAUAUUGUAAUAUCUGUAACAGAUGUAUCAAAAAUUGAUUUAUUAAAUCAUAAAUUACUUGAUGAAAAAUAUGAUAAAAUUACAUACAAAUUAAAAUUGUCUUCAACUGUUUAAUAAUUAUAUUAAUAGAUUAAUAAGGAUGAAUAUUGGCUAUUAGAGUUUUAAGAAAAUUAUUAAACUAAUUUAUUACAUUUCCCAAGAUAUUUAUAAAAUUUUGAAAAUACACUAGAAGAAGAGAAAGUUGCUCAUGAAUCUACUUGGAUUUUAGUAAAGAAAGACUAAGAUAUUCCUUAAGUUGGAUUAUUAAAAAUACCUAUUAGAGUUAAUUUAUUAAUUGAUAAAAAACCUUAGGCAUUCCUUUUAUACAUUUCAACAACUGUUUUAGAAUUGAAAUAAUUGGUAUGUUAAUUAACUGGAAUUCCUUAAGAGGAAUAAGAAUUAAAAAAUGUAUAAAAUUAAAAAAUGAUAUCGGAUUUAUCUGAUGAAACUUAAUUAGGAGAAUUGUAAUUUACUCUUGAGACUUAGAUCUUAGUUAAGAAGAAGGUUUAAAUUUAAAAUAUAAAUAAAAAUGUGAAUAAGAAUGAAUAAUAAUAAUAAUAAGUUGGAGAUGAUAUAGUAUCAAUUCUUGUUGAAAAAGAUGAUUAAAUUGGAGUUUCAAAAUUUUGUAAUAAAUUUCAAUUUAUAUUUAGAUGUUAAUAUUAAUUAAACAAUAUAAGAAUUAAUAGAAUUCAUAAAAGAAUAAUUUGGAAUGAUUGAUGCUCGUAGAUUAAGAAAUCUUAAUGGAUCUUAAUUAUUUUGUAAAAGUGACCUUUCUAUUUAAUUGAAAGAACUUUAAGAUUUUAAAGAAGGGUAUAUAUUAAAAUUUGAAUUAUUUUAGAGGAGCAAGAUUAUAAAUUGAGAAAGGAGAGAUUCCAGAAAACGGAAAAAUAUCAAUUUUAGUGAAAUAUUAAGAAUAGACAUUUGAAAUACAUGUUGAUCCAAAAUAAGAUAAAAUUGAAUUAAUAAAAUUAGAAUCAUGUAAAUAAUUUAAUGUUGAACCUAUUUAACAUAAAUUAUAUAAAGUAGAUUGGUUAUAAGUACCAUCAGAAGCAUUAAGUGAUGAAACUAAAACUAUUUCACAAUGUUAUCUAAGAGAUAGAGAUUUACUUAUACUUUGUGAUAAGACAGCUUAAAUUGAUUGUGAAUUGAUAAGAUUUUAAAUAUUCUCUACCACUACUGGUUAUCCUGAUGAUUGUGUAUUUUAAAAACAUGAAACAAUGAGAAAAGAUGCAACACUUAAAGAUUUAAAAUAAAUGAUUAUUUCUACUUUUAAUUUAAAUAUAGAUAUUGAUAACUUAAGAGUUAGAGAUAUCAAUAAAAAUAGAUUCUUUGGUUAAGUAUUUAGAAAAUUAGACUUACCUUUACAAAAGUUUUAAUUCUCUACUCAUGAUAUUGUAUAUUAAGUAUUAAAUAAACCAGAAAAUCUUUAAGAUGAUGAAAUGUUGUUAUUAAUUAAGCAAAGAGAUCCAAUUAAUAAAGUUUAUAAAUAACAAUAAGAAUUUAUCUUUAAGGUUUCAAAGACCCCUACUCUAUAAGAAUUGAAAUAAUAGAUAUAAGCAUUUAUUGGAAUUUCAUAAGAAAUACAAUUAGAAUUAGCUAAAUUUGUUUUUUAUGAAUUUUUAUGGUUGCAUAUAGAUCCAAAGAUGAUAUAGAUGUAAUAAUAGUAAGGGAAAGGAAAAUAAAAUAAAAAAGGCAAUUAAAAUAAUAAAUCAAAUUAACAAAGUAAACAAAAUUAGUAAUAAUAAUAAUAAUAAUAAAACGUUUGUGAAAAUUUAAGAAAAAGUCCAAUCAAUUUAGGAGAAGGAGGUAAUUAUAUAAAUUUAUUGAAUUAGAUUUUAUUGGAUAUAGAUUAGGUCAUUAUCCAGAUGAUGAUUUCCAAACCAAAGAAGAUUAAGAUGUAUAGAUAAUUAGUUUAUUAUAUAAUAGUUAAGAUAAAGAAUGAUCGCUGCUCGCAAAAAUAAACAUAAUGCCUUAGGUACUAUAAGAAGACAAAAAGAAGUAGAAUUUGUUGUAGAUAUUCAAUGAAGAGUUCUAUAAAUUUAUUAUAAUUCAAUUAUUAAUAAAUCAUUUGAUUAUUAC